UACUGCGAUCGAACGCGGACACGGCAGUAAUUCGGAGGAUCGAGGACAUCCCACAUCAUUUCCGGACGUGUCACAAGAGGGGAAAACAACCGUGAAAGCAAAAAGCGAUGUGUUCGCUGAGAUUGUUCCUUGUGCUGGGAUUGGUUUUCGUCGUUCAUUCUAUUGAUCCCAUCCGUGUUCUGUUGGUUUAUGAAACCAAUAAUGGGGAUGCCGAUCGCGCCUUUACAGCCGUCCAGAGUUACCUCGAACGAACCAAAGUUCCAGGACUUAGCAUUGGAAAUGUUACUCGUGUGGUUCUUGAUUCUACCCAAAAGUACCUGACAGUUGACGAUGUUUGUAGCCUCUAUGAUAAAUCGGUUGACGCGGGCAUUCCUCCUCAUCUGGUGCUGGAUUUCACAUGGGCUGGAAUCUCCUCGGAAGUCAUGAAGGCUCUGACACGUAACCUGGGUUUGCCCACAAUUAGCGGUUCCUACGGGGGUGUUGGAGAUAUAAAGCAGUGGAGUAACAUUGACAGUAAUCAGACAAAAUACCUAGUACAGGUUAUGCCCCCAAGCGAUAUCAUACCGCAAUUAAUAGCGCUAGUUUCCUCCAUGCAAAACAUGACAAACGCAGCCAUCCUCUACGACGAUAGUUUCGAUGUGACAAACAAGUACAAGUCGUUACUGAAGAACCGCCCUAUUCGCCACAUGUUCUCCAGGAUCGAGACCAACAUCAAUACUCAAAUAAGACGGCUUGAAGACAUGGAUAUCGUGAAUUUUUUCGUACUAGGAAAAAACGAUCGUAUCAAUCAGGUUCUGAUGGCAGCGGCACAAGAAAAUUAUUUUGGUAAAAAAUAUUCUUGGUGUGCCUUGACCAAGGAUGGUUCUUCAGAGCCAUUUGUCAGGACAGAAAAUGGUUCCAUUUUGUUUGCCACACCAACGAUUAACCCAGAUGUGGCAAAUGGGAUUUUGUACAGGACUUCUGGCCUCAAUACGGGUUACAGUGUUGAUACUGGUUUCUAUUUUGAUGUGACUCUAAAAGCUCUUACCGCCGUCAAGAACAUGAUUGAGGCUAAUACGUGGCCAACUGACAUGAUUUAUCCAAAAUGUAGCAGCUCAAAUAUAGCUGCUACUGUGAGGAAAAAUCUGGAUCUACAAAAAGCUUUCACUGACGCUAAUGUAGGAACGACAUUUGCCAAGUUAAUUUUAAAUGGAAACGGUAAAUCUUACCCACAAGUGGAAAUGACGGUGAACCAAAUGAAUUUCAAAAAUAGCCGGCUUGAGUCAAAAAAUGCACUAGGAAUAUGGAAAGCUGGAAUGCCCGGUGAAAUUGCUUUUGCUGCUGGACAAUCCCUCCGUCCUUUCCAAGUAGUCAGUGUAUUCAAAAUCGCCGUGGUGGUGCAAGCGCCAUUUAUCAUGAAACGGAAAGGAAAUGGGACCGUGGAAUUCUACGGUUAUUGCGUCGAUCUCAUCAAAGAUAUCCAAGCAAUAAUGGGUUUUGAAUACGAGUUGUAUGAAGUACCUGACGGUAAAUACGGCAACAUGGAUAGCAAAAUGAAUUGGAACGGCAUGAUCAAAGAAUUGAUGGAGAAGAGAGCUGAUAUAGGAUUAGGAGCUUUGGCUGUGAUGGCUGAGCGUGAAAAUGUUAUCGAUUUCACGGUGCCUUACUACGAUCUGGUGGGCAUAAGCAUUUUGAUGGCCAAGCCACAAGUCUCAACAUCCUUGUUUAAAUUUCUCACUGUGCUCGAAAACGACGUCUGGGGAUGCAUUUUAGCAGCUUACUUUUUUACUAGUAUCUUGUUAUGGAUUUUCGAUCGUUGGUCUCCCUAUUCGUAUCAAAACAAUAAGGAAAAGUACGCAGACGAUCCUGAGGAAGAGAAACGAGAAUUUUCACUUAAAGAAUCUCUUUGGUUUUGUAUGACAUCAUUGACACCUCAGGGUGGUGGAGAAUCCCCCAAGCAUCUUUCCGGUCGAUUGAUUGCCGCUACUUGGUGGUUGUUUGGUUUCAUCAUUAUCGCUUCGUACACUGCUAACUUGGCUGCCUUUUUGACCGUUUCCCGUCUCGACUCGCCCGUCAACUCACUGGACGACUUGGCCACUCAGUACAAAGUGCAAUACGCUCCCCAGAACGGCACCGAUGUGUCUACCUACUUUGAACGCAUGGCCUACAUCGAAAAGCGAUUCUACGAGAUUUGGAAGGACAUGAGCUUGAACGAUUCCAUGUCGGAAGUUGAACGAUCCAAGUUGGCCGUCUGGGACUACCCAGUCAGCGACAAGUACACUAAAAUCUGGCAAUCCAUGCAGGAUGCUGGAUUGCCACAAACAUUUGAAGAGGCAUUAACUCGUGUCCGUGCCUCAAACGCUGAAAAUAACGACGGCUUUGCCUUCCUCGGUGAUGCGACGGAUAUUCGUUACCAAGUAUUGGUCAACUGCGAUUUGCAGAUGGUCGGUGAAGAAUUCUCACGCAAACCGUACGCUGUGGCCGUCCAGGAGGGCUCGCCUUUGCGCGAUCUCCUCAACGACGCCAUCCUGCGCUUGCUCAACCAGCGACGUCUGGAGACUCUCAAGGAGCGCUGGUGGACCGAUAAUCCCGAGAAGAAGGAAUGCGGUGACACUAACGAUCAAUCCGACGGCAUUUCCAUUCAAAACAUUGGUGGUGUCUUUAUCGUCAUUUUCGUUGGUAUCUUUUUGGCCUGCGUCACACUGGCUGUCGAGUAUUGCUAUUUCAAAGUGAAACGCAAUCCCAAUGACGAUCAAGUUAUUUCGACACCUGAAAGUAGAACCAACGCUACUAAUAAUCGCAAUAAAAUGGAUGAUGCCUACACGAAGAAUUCCCAGAAGCCUUACAUCCUGGAUGACAAGUCAAGAGAUCCGUAUGGGGCAGACUACGGCUAUAAUUUCGGAGCCAAGAGAGAAUUGGAGCUCGAGGGAGAUGGACCUCGCCCACGCAAAGCCUGGUAAAUUGGCAGGGAGUCAAUGGCCGGACACUUUUAAAAAUUACGCGUGAAUGCUACAAUCGAUCUACAAAGAAAACGACUUGUUUUAUUUAUUUUAUUUAUUAAAUUCAAUUUAUGCACACAAGUAUAGUCCUAGUCUAUAUGAUAAUAUCGUUGGUAAUAUAAUAUUGAAUUGUUUAGACAAUUUUUCAUAAAAUA